UCGCCACACUGCAACGGGAGCCCCCGGCUCCUUGUCGCUUCGCACCGCCCGCCAUGGCGGCGGCGGCGGCCGCCCCGCGCUGGGUGCCGACCCACGUCCAGGUGACGGUGCUUCAGGCGCGGGGGCUGCGCUCCAAAGCGGCCGACGGGCAAGGCGGCAGCGAUGCUUACGCCGUGAUGGCGUUGGGCCGCGACAAGUUCUCCACGUCGGUGGCGGAGCGAUGCCAGGGGCAGCCGUUGUGGAGGGAGGAAGCGACGUUCGAACUGCCGCCGCCGCCUCGACCCGCAGCGCUGCGCCUCACCGUGCUGCACCGAGCGCUCGUCGGCCUCGAUAAGUUCCUGGGCCGCGCCGAAGUCGAUCUGGCGGCGCUGAGGGAGGACGGAGGGCGGCGGCAUUGCAGGUGGUACAAGCUGCGCUCCAAACCAGGGAAAAAGGAAAAGGAGAGAGGAGAGAUCGAAGUGGACAUCCAGUUCAUGAGGAGCAACUUGACUGCCAGCAUGUUUGAUUUGUCCGUGAAGGACAAAACCCGCUCCCCAUUUGGCAAACUCAAGGACAAGCUGAAGGGGAAGCGGAGCAGUGGGCUCUCUGACACAGCCUCAGCCAUCGUGCCCAACACAACACACUCCCCUGCUGAUAGUGAAGACGAGGCAUCCGAGAAGGAGAAGAAAAAAUCCAAGUUCAAAACGCUGUUUUCCAAACCUGGCCUGCAGAAGACUUCCCUCUCUCAAUCCAUGUCGGUGCUGCCCACACCUCAGCCUGUGGCUGCCAGGGUCAGGCUCAGGCCCACGGAUUUCCAGCCACAGUGGGAUGAUGAGGACUCGGAGACCUCUCCAAGCUCAGAACGAACCUUUGAAAUUCCUCUAGAUGAGAAGUCCUCGCCUUCUGUAUUUAAACAUCGUAAAGCAGCAACUUUGGACAACAGGCAGCUAAACCAACCAGCUGCUGGCAACACCAAGAAAGAAGGGCUCUCUUUAUUUAGUGGCCUUAAAUCUAAAAACGAUCCGGUUUCCAAGUCCAGUUUGUGUAUCAAUGGCUGUCACGUUUAUAUGGAAGAGAGCACCCUGAAGGACAGCACUCCAGCUUCUUCUCCCUCUCCUCGCAACUUCAGGAAGAAGCAGGUCUCUACUUCAGAAGAGAACCUCUCUUUCAGGUCUCCUAAAGGACCUGAGGAGACGGAAAGAACAUCUCCCAGCAAUGCUUUGUCUGGGUCUGCAUCCUUGGAGACCUUUAAAGCUAUGUCUUUGCCGUCAUACAAAUUGCUGAGCAGUGAGGAAUAUGUGGAAACCAGCAUUCCUGUGAGUGUUGAGGUUACCAAAGAGACCAAAAAAACGGACCAGAAAAAGUCUGCCUUGCUUUCCCUGGUCACGGGGAAGAAGGAAGCAGCGAAAACCAGUGAUGCUGAAAGUAAUCCGGACAGAACUCAGAAGGAAGAGGAAAACAAAGCUACAGAAGAGAAGAGUGAACAGGAGGCCAAGUGCCUUGAACCUCCAACAGAUUUAAGCAGGGGAAAUCCUUCAGAAGACAGUCAGUCAGAAGUCUUCACAAGUAAGCAACCGCUCAACCCUUUUGAUGAAGAAUGGAAACCUGAAAAAGCAGCUGCACCAGCAAAGACCAAAGCUGUCAAACCCAGACUGGGCGAGUCUUCAGAGGAAGAAACCAAAGCCACUCUUCCUAUUCUUGCACCUGAUUCCCUUCCUGCUUACCUGUCUGUGCACCACAUCAGUAGUGACAACAAUCCUUUUGUUUCUAAAAUAGGACAGAAAGUAGCAGACUCUGAGGACAUUACUCCUGCAUCUCUUCCUUCUCCUUUCACUGCAGAGCUUUUAAGUGGCAAGAACCCCUUUAAUCCCAGCUGGGGCAGGGAGACCCCAGCCCCUGGUUCUGACCACGUUGCCAUCCCUUCAUCCCAUCACCUUGCAGCCCCUGCUCCCAAAGGACAGGUCUCUCAUAGUGGCAAUAAUCCUUUUGCUUCUGAAUGGGGCCAGGGUCCUGAAGGCUCUGAUGCAUUUGCUUCCAUGUCUCCUCUCCCUGCACCUUCUCUCCGCUCUGGUGGUUGCUUUAAUGGCAAUAACCCUUUUCUAUCCAAGACUGGAUGGGGGGUGGAUGCGCCAGGUCUCACAGCUGUCACUGCUUCUUCCCCUGUUGGCCUUCCUGGUGAUGGAGACAAUUCCUCAGCAGGACUUUCUGCUGAUCUGAACGACUCUGCUGUCACUGCUUCAGGGAGCUCUUUGAAUGUGGCUUCAACUCGUAAUGUAAAUGCUGUAGCAAACCCUGCUGCCGCUCUUUCUGUCAACCCUGGUGUGGCUCCAAAGAAUCAGUGUGGUUCCGUACGGGUGCAGGUGGGCCCUUCUUUAAAUACAAGCAAGUUAGUGCUCUUCACAGAGAACAGUGCUGAACAGUCACCAUUCUCCAAGAGUGAGCUCAAAGAGAAGCAGGAGAUGUGGAGUGAAAAGAGGAGGGAGGAGCAUUCACCCACAUCAGAGCCUCAGGAACCUCCUCCAUCUCCAGUGCAAUCUGUGAACCCAGCCCACACACAGCCUCCUCAGGAAGCUGCUGCAGGGAGAGCUGGCAGGGAGGAGGCUGUCACACCACAGCCUGCACCACGGCUGUCUUUAAUGCAGAAAUGCCCCCCCGUUUCUCAGGCUGACGACUUAAGUGUUGGGCGUUCAGGGGAGGGUGAGGGCUCUGCAUGUGGCCUUGCUUUACAGAAUGAGAAAGCCCCCUGUGCUCAUGGGUGCCUCCCCCAGAAUGGCUCAGUGACAGCCCUCGUCCCACCAGGAAAGCUCAGAGCUGACAGCUUUAGCAGACGUGUGAAAAGGGAAGGGGACGAGGAUUUGUUUGAUUCUCUUACAAAUCUGAAGUCUGCCCUUUCAGUUACCGGAGAUCACGGCGUGAGGCUGGCUGCCCUUCCUGCUAUUCCCGAGGCAGGCUCUGAUGAUGAGCUGCAGGGCGACUGUCAGGAAAACCACGGCGUUGCUGCAGGUGAUCAGAACGUUUCAGAGCCUGUAGAUAGAAUGCCUUUGCAUGAGAACCAGAAGGAGAGCUCUGAUAGCUCUGCUGCAGGCGGAGUAACUCUGUCUGCAGGAGGAGGAAGUGCUGUGCCUGUGCUGCCUGCAGGAGGGCAUGGCUGUGGAGUCAGUAAGCAGACACCUGACUCAGGUAUGACGUCUCAUUCCAGUGAGCACAGUCAUUCUGAGAAACAAGGAAUAAGUGGUGGUGUUGGGGAGCGUGCAGAGAGUGACUUCUUUGAGCCUUCUGUUUCCUCUUCUUCCCUGUCGUGUUCUUCCCAGCCUUGCUCCUCCUCUCGCUCCCUCUCCUCUGACACCCCAAGUCAGAGGGCAGAGUCUCCGAAAAAGCCAACAGCAGAGGGCUUCGCAGAUAAAGCAGGAAAUUCUGGCAAGAAGAAGCUUCUUCAGGCAUGGGUUUCACCCUCUGAAACGUACCCUAACCAAACUCAACAGAGUGGUGAAACCGUGUCUCCUAAGCACAGACUUCAUCCUGUGAAGCCAAUGAGUACCACAGCAAAUAAGUCCCAAAACAAAGACCUGAAUGUCAUCAACUGUAUGAGUGAGAAGCUGCUUGAGAUGAACAUAAAGAAAUACAACCCUUCGGAUCCUGCCUAUGCUUAUGCCCAGCUCACACACGAUGAGCUGAUCCAGCUGGUCCUGAAACAGAGGGAUACCAUCACCAAGAAGGAUCUCCAGGUGCGUGAGCUUGAAGACUACAUCGAUAACUUGCUUGUCAGAGUCAUGGAAGAAACCCCAAACAUUCUUCGUGUUUCAACUUCUGGAAACAGAAAAGCUGGAAAGAUGUAGGAGCUCUCUGGAUGUCAAACAAAGGGCUGAGUUCCUGCCAGAAGAGUUUGAUUAAUAAGGAGACAACAUGAAAUAGGUGGUACUGCCGUGCUGCCUGCAGACAAUGAGCUCUUCUGUUUCUGGCUUGAGCAGCUAUCAGUUGGAGUAGUGCUUACAUCAGCUCUUGUACACGGAGUCCAGAAGUAGAGUCAUUUACCAUAUUUAUUUUUGGUCUUUUUCCAUUAUUUGGGAAGAUUUGUUCAGGCAUUUAAUCCAAAGUCUGAUUGCAAUAGGAAGGAUGAAGGGUUUGUUGUUGUUUUGUGUGUUUCCUUGCCAGCAAAGCACUGCUGAUCCUUUGAUGAAGAUUUUUUCAUUGUUGUUUUUUAGCAGCUUUGAUAGAUCAUCUGUCUGCACUGAAGUUGUAGUGCAAUAUAAAAUCUCAUACAGUAGAGCUUGAGGAUUUGAUUUUUACUUUUAUCUUUUGACAACUACACUGGAGGAGUCCAAAGAAUGAAUGCUUCAGAACAGAGCUGUGUGGGCUGUAUUUUAAAAGCAAUUAAUGCCCUGAAACGGAGUGCAAGUUAAACCUCAGAUUGGAAAGCAAGAAGCAAAGCAAAAUUAAUGACACAAUAUAAGCAAAGCAGUUCUCCAAGGGGAAAGCUUACAGGGUUUUAAAUACGGAUGUUGUGGGAUAUUUGUCUACCAUGGGAAUAAGGGGUAGCAAUGAGUUUGGGCUGAUGUUACGUUGUGUUGGAAGCUGUUCUCCUCUGGACUUUAAUUCCUGAUUCAAAGGUUGUUUGAACAGGAAGACAAAGGUACAGACAACCUGGAUUCUGCUCAGUAGUCCUGGAUUGGGGUGCAUUUCUCUGUACACAUGCAUGGCCUGUGGCUCUUGUAUGAAAGUUGUGUGACAGUUUUGGUGUCAUAGCACUGCAGUUUUUUACACGUAAGUGCCUUGAAUUUUGGAGCUUACCCUGGAGCAGCCUUCAAGGGUGAUCAGGCUUAAAACUCAUCUCUUUUUUUGAAUUCAGUGUACAAAAGGAACCAAAUUCCACUCUCCCCCUGGGAUGGGAGCAGCCAGAAUAUCAGCACUCUGAUCCUGUUGUGUUCUUUGUGACUUGAGCUCAGAAAGGAAUGAAAAUGUCAUGCUGCUGGCUUUGCAAGACAAUCAAAUGUUCCUUAAUUUGUGGCUUCUUUGCAGCUCAGUAAAGACAAAUGCUUCUCACCAUUGCCUCAGACAGAGAAUAGCAGCACAGGGCUAUGAAGCAGCCACUACAGCAGGCUUUCUCCACUGAAAGUUAAACAUGCCUCUGUUUUUUGUGGUGAUCUCUUGUCAAAGGUCAACAAACCAGAUUUUUUUUUUGCAGCUCUUAAGUUUACCAGAGUUUGUGAAUGCCUUGAAAGAAAGCUGAAAUACCAAAAGGGUGUGUAGCAGAGGAACACAGUGAGUGCUCCUACCCUCUGUGGUUGAAGUAAUCUAUUAAUUAGGUCACUUCUGAUGUAGCCUGAAAGGAGUUUCUAACACAGUUUUCCUACAGCAAAGCACUUUAUUGAGGGAUUGAUUACUAACCUCUUAGCAAUAAUCUUACUAUUUUCAUAAAACACUGAAAAUUACUGGAGACUUCUCAAUUAAAUACUGUAUUUUUGUAGCAAAAAGUAGCUAAUAUAUUAUCCUAGAGAUGUACAGGUUGAUUGAAAAACUCCAAGCAUGCUGUUAAUCACAUUUUCUUACUGUAAUUGGGCGGACUGCUAAAAUCUGCCCUGGCAAUCAAAGCUCUCCUGACAGCUCUCCUGCAUCAGAAGCUCAAAUCGAAGAAAACCUUUUGCUUUAAGUGUCUUUAAGAGUCUCUGAAGACUUCAGGUGGUACUUUUCUGUACUCUCUUCUGUGAAAGAUGGCUCUGAGAAGUUCUGAGCAGUACCUUCAGCUCCAGCAGUGCUUUGGGUGGCACCGCUCGGCAUUGCUGGGAAUGGAUGCUGCUCCUCGUGCCUUGAAAUAGCAGCAGGAUGGAGGAGUGCUUUGCUUCCUCCCCGUGGAUCUCUGGAAAGAAAUGGUUCCCAAUACCUCAUGGAUAAACUCGUCUUCUAGCCUUUAUUCCACAGCUUUCUGAUUUUUUUUUCUUCUGGUUUAGAGAGUCAGAAAAACCAGUAGUGCUUUCGAACAACGUAACAGUUCCAAAUCACAGAUGCUGCUGUUGGUAGCCAUCACUGGACCCAGGCUGAGGAAGGCCUGAUGUGUUUUUAUGGUUCUCCCUUUAGCAGUGAGGGCACUGCUGUGUCUUUCCUGCUGCGCUCUGUGAUGCUGUGCGCAGCGCUCUUGCAAUCUGGAUUUCAUGAAGCUUUUACAGUGGGUUUUGUGCUUUCCUUUUGGCAAGAACGUGCAUCUCGAGGUUCUGCACGCAAACAAAACACUAAUGAGAGUCUCCUUAGAGACAAAGCCUUAAAAUUCGUACUGUCCUUUGCCAGUUACCACUUUGCCCAUUGAGGUGUAUGGCUUUUGCGUUGUGGGUUAUAUGCUGUGGUGACAGGUGCUGCUGCAGGCAGCACUCCUGGAUGAGCCACGCUUCCAUUCCGCAGCUGGAAUGCACGUGGAAACGUGGCACAAACCUCAUACCUCCAUCUUUGGUCAGCAACACUAUUUAAAGCCUUUCUUUGGUGUAAGGGGUGCUCACCUUGAUUUUAAGGGACCUAAGAAUCGAGUGUGUUUUCUUGUUUGAUUACUAAAGGACCUAUAUGUAUUUUUCCGUUUAUGGGGUCUGCUUUUAUUGCAGGUACUGCUUGUUUUUAAACCACCUUUGGUUUUGUGGAACACUACAAUAAAAUUACUUUAAUUCCA